UUCGGAAGCAGGUUACUUCUUUGGACUGUGAACCAUUUUGGAACGUUAGACAAAUGAAUGAGUGAAUUAAAUUAAAUCGGGAUAAGUGUGAAGUAAAGGACGGUAGGGGGCUGAGGAUUUUCAGCUCGGGCGACGGAUCUUGGGUGUUUUGUAUUUGAAAAGUGUCGCCCGGAACACUCGAGUAGAGUUUUCUCGUUCUUCCAGCCGUCCUCAUAGACGGCCGAGCUCCAUUUUUAGGAGCUGACGUUAACUCGUUCAUUUUAGACGAUUUAAAGAAACAAUGGAGUUGAGAAUAAUUUGCCUGGCCGUGGCCAUUAGUUCCAUAUCAAGUUUAGUUCAAGGGCAAUUCCGAAAUCGUACCGAUCCAGAAUGUGGCGGUUGUACGACCGGUAAUGGAUGCAGAUGUGUUGGAGAAAAAGGAUCUCGGGGUUUUCCGGGUUCCCCUGGGCCACAGGGACCCCAGGGAAACACAGGCUUCGAAGGGCCAGAGGGACUGGUUGGAGCCAAGGGGUUGAAGGGUGAACCAGGCGUGCCAGGAAUCACUGGACCCAAGGGAGACCGGGGCAAGAUGGGUAUGCCAGGCUUUCCGGGUAUCAGCGGUAUUCCUGGUUUGCAGGGUCCUCCUGGCCCCAGGGGUAUUCAAGGUCUUGACGGAUGCAACGGAACACAGGGAGAGCCUGGAGUACCAGGUUUGCCCGGAACCCGUGGCUUUGAUGGACAGCCUGGACGAGACGGACUCAUGGGAAUGAAAGGAGAGCCCGCCCAGGCCGGCGAGGGAAUCAAGGGAUCGAAGGGAGAAUCCGGACUUGACGGACAGCCUGGAGUUCCUGGUCGUAACGGACAGGAUGGAACACCAGGAUUACCAGGAGAGCCAGGACCUCGCGGAUACAAAGGAAUGAAGGGCGAAGAUGGCUAUCCUGGCCCAAAAGGGUCUAUGGGUCUAACAUUUAGACCAGAAAAGGGGUCAAAGGGCGAUAAAGGGCCACGGGGACCCCCUGGUCAACCGGGCACGACACAUCUGCCUGUCUCAGGAACUGAGGAGUUUUAUGGGCCACAGGGAGACAAGGGUCCAAAGGGAGAGAAGGGCGAGCCUGGUUACGAGGGAGAACGUGGCUACCCAGGACUGGAUGGUCUUCCCGGUCGGAUUGGAAACCCGGGUAUGAAUGGAGAGAAGGGUGUGCCAGGUAUUGCUGGCCCUAGGGGCAAACAAGGUCUGCCCGGUGUUCCUGGAUUCAUGGGACCUAAGGGUGACCGUGGUAUGGAUGGCUUGCCUGGUUUGUCAGGUAUCCCAGGUAUGAAAGGAGAGCGUGGAUUUGAGGGUGAAAAAGGCAUGGUUGGACCCCGUGGACCCCAGGGACCCCCCGGUGGACCAGGAGGGGGUGACGGACGCCCAGGAGAGCCAGGCCCGCCCGGUCCUCGUGGACCUAAUGGAGAGGACGGCCUGCCCGGAUUACCAGGCCAACGUGGAGAGUCUGGCCCAGAGGGGCUCCGGGGCGGCCCAGGAGUGCCCGGACCUCCAGGACAACAGGGACUUGACGGACCCAGAGGAGAUAAGGGAGACCAAGGAUUACAAGGAUUUCCUGGUAUUGAUGGUCUUCCUGGCCAGAACGGCUACCCUGGACCCAAGGGCGAGUAUGGACCAAAGGGAGAGCCCGGAUUGUCGAUUCCUGGAGAGCCAGGCCGGGGUGGGGAGUCUGGAAGGGAUGGAUUACCUGGCUUUAAAGGCGACAGAGGACCGAGAGGUUUGCCCGGUUUACCCGGAAAUUCAUCUGUUGGGCGGCCAGGAUUACCCGGAUUAAAGGGAGAAAUUGGCCCACCCGGAUUACAAGGAUUGGACGGGCGACCAGGACUGCCGGGACGAGAUGGUACCAAGGGAGACAGAGGAGGAUUAUGUAAUCAGUGCCAGGAUGGAAUUAAGGGCGAGAAAGGAACACCUGGUCUGCUUGGACGCCCGGGCUUGCAGGGUGAACGCGGUAAUGAGGGUUACAAGGGUGAAAAGGGAGAGCCAGGGUUUGAUGGUAACCCAGGGUUACAGGGUCCCAUGGGAUCUACAGGUUUGAAGGGAGAUCGUGGAUUGGACGGUUUACCAGGACCUGCGGGAGAAGAUGCCAGUAUUCCCAAUGAAUAUUUUCAGCCACCAAAGGGGGAACCAGGAGAAAAUGGCUUGAACGGUCUGCCUGGAAUGAAGGGAGAGCCUGGCCCGCAGGGUCCCCGUGGUUUAGAAGGACUGCCUGGACUCCAGGGUGCUAAGGGAGAUAGUGGUGGUGAUGGUGUACCUGGCCGCCCAGGUGAGAGAGGUCAGUCAGGAAACCCCGGACUGAAAGGAGAGCGUGGAUUUGGAAUGAAUGGACUGCCAGGUGAUCGAGGUGACCCAGGACAGCCCGGUCUUCCUGGGCUCCCAGGAAUGAAGGGUGACAAGGGUGUGCCAGGCGAGACGGUUAUUGUUGGCAAGGGUGCUAAGGGUGACCGUGGGCCAGCAGGACCCCCCGGUAUCCCGGGCAUGGAUGGCCUUCCAGGUGUUGACGGAGAGUCAGGAAACCCCGGGCUUCCAGGACUUGAUGGGCUGCCUGGACGACCAGGGAAUGAUGGGCUUGAUGGAAGGCCAGGAGAGUCGGGACCGAGAGGAUUGACUGGACCACGUGGUGACAAGGGAGAGAGUGGGCCUGGGGGCUUGCCCGGUUUCGAUGGACCGGCAGGAGAGCCCGGAGUACCAGGACUGUCAGGACUUCCUGGCAUGAAGGGAGAGCCUGGAACACCCGGUAAUGCUGUCAUUGGACCAAAGGGCGAUGCAGGUAUUGAUGGGGUGAACGGAGUUCCAGGACUACCCGGACGAAAGGGAGAAAGAGGUAUGCCCGGUUUGGAUGGACUUCCAGGUCAGAAGGGAGAGUCUGGAUUAGACGGUGUGCCCGGAGUGAACGGUCUGCCAGGAAUGAAGGGAGAAGCAGGACCAGAAGGCCCACGGGGCUUGCCCGGACUUUCUGGAGAACCUGGCCUGCCCGGAAUACCAGGUGAUGUUGGCGGCAAGGGUGAACCCGGAUUGUCCGGAGUUCCUGGAUUAUCAGGUGCCCGUGGUCAAAAGGGAGAGUCUGGAUUACCUGGGAUGGAUGGGUUGCCCGGAUUACAGGGAGAGUCUGGUCCACGGGGCCCCAACGGAGAUGAUGGACUACCGGGACUGCCAGGUCCUAAGGGAGACAUGGGAGUGAUCGGAUUCCCUGGUGAACCAGGACGUGAUGGGUUACCAGGGUUACAGGGGAUUGGGGGUCCAAAAGGUGAACGGGGAUUCCCGGGUGUUAACGGCGAACCAGGACUUAAUGGACUGCCAGGUGGUAAGGGUGAAUCAGGAGUGCCUGGAUUACCCGGUCUAGAUGGAACCCCGGGUCAGCCCGGACGUGGAGGUCAGAAGGGAGAGGCUGGACCAAACGGAUUGGACGGCAGGCCCGGACCUAGAGGACUUGAUGGUGUGCCCGGACUGACAGGAAUGAAGGGUGAUUCAGGUGAACCAGGAUUCGGUCAGAAGGGUGAACCAGGUUUCCCAGGGGAACCAGGAAGAGAGGGAUUGGAUGGCAUUCCUGGAGUAGCAGGACAGAAGGGUGAAUCAGGAGUGCCAGGAUUCCCAGGAAUGAAGGGAGAAAGGGGAUUCGAUGGAGUGCCAGGCACCAGUGGGCCAUCAGGGCUGGAUGGACUUCCCGGCAUGAAAGGAGCACCAGGAUUACCCGGCCGGCCAGGAGAGCCCGGACGGCAGGGAGAAGAUGGAUUACCUGGCCUUGAUGGUGUGGCCGGAUUUAAGGGAGAGGAUGGAUUACCUGGACGAUCUGGAUUGCCUGGACGGGAUGGAGAGAAGGGAGAACGUGGCUUGACCGGGCCCGAGGGACCUUCAGGAGCCCCAGGACUGCCGGGAUUGAAGGGAGAGCCCGGAUUGUCAGGAUUGCCUGGGCUACAGGGAAUGAAGGGACAGCCUGGUUUCCCAGGGGAGCCCGGAAGGGAUGGAGAAAAGGGUGCAUCAGGUUUUCCAGGUGCCAACGGAGAGCCUGGGCGUGCAGGAGAAAAGGGCGAAAGAGGAUUUUCUGGAGCCCCUGGUCGUAAGGGAGAAACCGGUCGUGAUAGUGUGGGCCAGAAGGGAGAGCCAGGACUGCCUGGAAUGCCUGGAUUGGAGGGUCAACGUGCAGAGAAGGGUGAACCAGGUCUGCGUGGUUUGGACGGAAUUCCUGGACUGAAGGGAGAGGCUGGUUACCCCGGUGAGGGUGUUCCUGGAAUCAAGGGUGAAGCCGGAUUCCCCGGAGCUGAGGGUCGCAAAGGUGAACGCGGUCUCCCAGGUGUGGAUGGAACACCAGGUUUAAAUGGACGCAAGGGUGACCGUGGAGAGCCUGGAUUGCCUGGCCCUCAGGGAGAAGAUGGACUGCCAGGACUUGCCGGAGAAAAAGGGGACGAGGGAAUUCCAGGGAUGCCAGGACUGGAGGGUAUGAAGGGUGACUCUGGGCUUCCGGGCUUGGCUGGACCGGGAGGACGCAAGGGAGAGCCUGGAAUACCUGGGGUUGAGGGACCCAAGGGUAACAGAGGUUACAAUGGUGAGAAGGGAGAAACAGGCCCACGAGGCCCAAUGUGGGAACCACCCCAGAACUACCAGAUGAAGGGUGAUCGAGGAGAACCUGGACUUAAUGGGCUUCCUGGACCUGCUGGCGAGCCCGGACCUCAGGGAGAGAACGGACUUCCAGGCCGUCCUGGCCUUUCGGGACCCCAGGGUGAUAUCGGAGUUCCAGGCUUCCCCGGGUCGAAGGGUGACACAGGAGACCGUGGCUUCAAUGGGCGACCGGGACAGGAUGGACUUGAUGGACCAAAGGGCUUGCCGGGUCUUCCUGGGUUGCCGGGUAACCCUGGUUACAUACCACCAGUUGGCUUCCUCAUGACGAAACACAGCCAGUCUCGUAACAUCCCAGAAUGCCCUACAGGAAUGAACAAGAUGUGGGAAGGCUACAGUCUACUAUAUGUUGAAGGCAACGAGAGAUCACAUCACCAGGAUCUUGGCUGGGCCGGUUCCUGUAUAAGACGCUUCAACACAAUGCCAUUCCUCUUCUGCGGCACCGACAACGUCUGCAACUAUGCAAGCAGAAACGACAAGUCAUACUGGCUCUCAACGAACGCUCCUAUGCCCAUGAUGCCAGUUGCAGAUAACGACAUCCCGCCAUAUAUCAGUCGAUGCGUGGUUUGUGAUGCCCCAUCUAACGUGUUGGCUGUUCACUCUCAGACCCUUGAGAUCCCAGAGUGCCCCAUUGGCUGGUCUGGACUUUGGAUUGGAUACAGUUUUGUGAUGCACACUGGAGCGGGCCCCAGCGGCGGUGGACAGGCUUUGUCUAGCCCCGGCAGUUGUCUCGAAGACUUCAGGGCCACACCAUUCAUCGAGUGCAACGGAGCCCGGGGUACCUGCCACUUCUUCGCGAAUAAAUUCAGCUUCUGGCUGACCACCAUAGCACAGAAUCAGCAGUUUAGAACGCCCAUCUCAGAAACUCUGAAAGCCGGAAACCUUAGGUCACGCGUUAGUCGCUGUCAAGUUUGUGCCAAAGUUGUAACAGGACUAUAAUUAUUUUGAAAAAUCGCUAGAGUGUAGAUAUGCUUCUUCAUCAAAUUUUAUUCAGUAUUUUCAGCUUUUAUGUUACGAAGAAAGUAUUCUGGCUGAAUUGGAAAUUAUUCAUGCUCUUCAUUGACUAUGCAAUGUUUUUUUUAUUAUUAUGUAUUUCUGUAUAUGUUGGCUGUAUUAGUUCAUAGUGUGUACAUGUGAAUUGUCUGUGUUUGUACAGACAAAUAUAUUGCAUGACAUGUUCUAUUUGAACUCUAGUCGGCAACCAUGAAGUGCCUUAUUGUUAUUUUUCAUCGAAAAUGUUACUCUAGUUGCAAUAAAUAUCAUGUGUAUCAUGUGAAGUAUACCGCUUUUGUGUAUUAAAUGGUAUGUAAGUGUUAAUACUUUAUUAAGAAACAUAGCGUUCCAUACUGGAAGCUCAUACAAGAAUAUAAAAAAAAAAUGUAUACAUUAAACAUGUAUCUGGCCCGCUAUGUUUAAUUUUAAAGUAUUUGUAAAUAUGGCGCUUUUUUUUGUGUACGAGAUUGAUUGAGUGAGCUUGUCUGUGAUCUGAUCCCCCGCUAAACGUGAUUUACGAGAGGGGUUUAUUGGCAUUAUCUGUAUUAUUGGCAUUUACUCUCCGUUCAUUUGUCAUUUGUUAAGUACAUGUGUUGGGCGAUGCUACAUAUACAUGUGAUUUUCUAAAUCAAUGAAGGUACGUUUCAACAAACAUGAUGAUUGUGAACAAAAGCUUUUGGUAAUGCAUAAAAUAGGAAAGGUACAUAGGAUAAUUACAUUUUGUUAAAAAGGAAUUCCUCUCACGUUAAUUCCCUCAAAGUAACUUUAACAUCUUGUGCAUUUAAGGAAAUCCUAGUUGGCGGGGGAUUUGAAUUUUCAUUAAUGUAUGUGCUUGUGUUAGGAUGCCAUUUGAUUGGCUGAGAACUGAAAGUGGGUAAUGCAAUCAGACAUUUUCAUUGGUGGAUGAAGUUUUUAGGUCUGUUUUCAUUGGAGAAUUAAAUCUAAUAGCUUUCUUUUCAUUGGUCACUAGAUUUCCAUGACUGUUAAUUGAGAAAUACGCUUGUUUUUUUACAUGCCAUGACCGUGGCACUGGUUAUUCAUGUACUUGUAUUCAAAACCUUUUUUUUGUAAAAUUUAUCUUAUGUUUAGUGAAAGUCUUAUAAUGCAAAUACAUUGUUGUAUUUAUGACAAUGUUUUAAAAAGUAGAAAAACAUUUGAGAAGCAGAAAUCACUGGCAAUCAAAUCUUUGCAAUCUGUUAAGUUGAUACUUGAUUAUUUUCUUCUUUUAGUUGCAUAUUUCAUGCAGUUGCUUUUAAUAUAUAUUUUAAAUAUGACUGGAAAAUGUCCAAGGUUUUUCUCAGGAAUUAGAUGAAAGUUUUAUAAACAUCAAAAUGUUUAGCUACGUUUUCUAAGAUAUAAGAGAGAAUGAAAAUCGAUCAUAAAAACAAGUGACUCUUUUACAAUGAAACAUGUAUAUAUCGCUGAGCAUAACUGAAUGAUAUUCUUUAAAAUGAUGAUGUUUCAAACCUAAUAUUAAUAAUCUACAUGUUCGAUUAAUUCAUCUAGUUUCCUAAGUUACCCUGAGACAUUCUAAAGUGGAUUCACCCAUUGUGCCAAAAAUAGUGUACAAAGAAAGCCCUUUUUGUACCCCCAAUGUAUCAUUAAUAUCUGUCACUGCCGACUGUUUAGUUAAAAAUGUAGCUUUCAAGUAUUAGUGCCAGUGUAAUGAGGUUAUGUGUCAUUUUUUUCAAAUAAAGAUUUUUCGUAAAA